AUGAAAAUUUUAGGAAUAUUUUUAAUCGCAGCAGUAUUAUUGAAUGGAAUACAUUCCGUUAAGAAUAAAAAGGUUAAAUGCUAUCGAUGUACAGAUUGUCCAAAUCCAUUUGACAAAGAAUUAGUGACUGAACUGGCCAAUUGCAAUUACUGUCGAACUGUUUACACUUACCGAGAUGAAGAUACUUACAGAAUUGAGAAGGAUUGUGUAACCAGUUGUAUAGCACGAGAUCGUCGAAAUAAUAAUGUUGGAUUAGUGACUGAAUGCUGCGAUGAAGAUUACUGCAAUUCUUCACCGAAACACAUUUCCACUUCGUAUAUGAUUAUUCUCAGUGCUAUACUGACAAUUUACACUGCUAACAAAAUAUUCUAAAAAAAACCCCGUUUAUUACCCUUUCUUGUUUUGUUUUCUUUCUAGUUUGCUGGUCAAUUCUAAGCUGAAUUGUCGUCUUUAUGGGUUCAUAUUAGAUUUAUCUCCCAUUUCUACUAUGCUAUGUUGUUGUAUGUAAUAUGUUGAAAUCUCUAUUAUGAGCUUAUUAUAUAUAUACUUCACAAGCUACAGCAUUGCUAUUUUGUUAGAUGACAAGAAGUAAUUACAAUUUUUAAGAAAAAAGAUGUAUUCAUAUACACCUAUAUAUAUAAAUCCUUGAGUGCUUGAUGGAAUUUUUGACAAUACGACAGGAAUCCUAUCUACUUACUCAUCGUUCCCGUUUUGUAAUUAUAUCAUACUUUUAACACUUAUAAAACUGUGUAUUUCAUGUGCUUGAUUCAUUAAAAAUAUUCUGAUUCUUUUUGUGUAACAGUUGUGAAGUUGUCGUUUGCUUUUGCUUAAAGACAAACAACCCUGCAUAAAACUUCAAGAUGAAAGUAUGCGUUGAGCAUCAGUCAUAAAUGUGUGCAUCUCUCUGACGAGGUAUUGGUUUAACUAAAACAAAGAAUAAAAGAAACAUUGCAGAAUGUGAAAACUUCUCUUAUCUCAAUAUUAUUCGUUUAACCAAUUUUAUGUAAUUUAUUAAUUAUUAAAUUUAUUUACUAAUUAUUUACAGUAAAGAGAUUUAAAUUCAUAUCUUUUUGUCUUUUGGAUG